AUGUCUCCCACGUUGGGACAAAGUCCGGAAUAUUAUUAUUCUUCGCCGUACGAACCGAUUCGGGAUUACGAAUACGCGGGUGGGUUGCACGAGCCGCCGCCGCCGCCACGUCCAAUGAUAUAUGAAGAGGAAGAGGAGCGUGGACCUUCGACAGCCGAGAUCAUUGCCAAUCAGUCGCAGGAGGGCUACGUGGAUGAAAAACUUGCCGAGUAUCAGGCGACGAUUCAGCUACUUCAAGAUGAGAGUAACUGCUCUUCGCUGAAAAUAAUCCUGCCGCCGCCUAUGAUAUACACGACGUUAUCGAAGUGA